AUGUGCAAACGUGACGGAGUGCGGACGCCAGGCGGACACGGUGCAUCUCGUCGAAGAAACUCAAAGAAUCGAUUGAAGUAUUCACCAGACCCCUUGUGCCUACUUCAAAGUCCUUCGCGAGGCGUUGAUGAUCCUGUCAACCUUCUCCAGCGAGACGUUCAGGAUCAGUAUUGGGAGUCCAUUGUGAGAAAAAUCCAAGAGCAUGCAGAUGUAUAUCAGGAUGAUGAAUUAAAUUUACCAUGCAACAAUGAUGAACACGGUGUGCGGUGUCGCAACAAUAGCUUGCAAGAGCUACUGCUUGGUAUUCGCAAGCUGCGCGAGGGACUCGUGGCAAGCCAUCGCAUGGACCACCUGACUGUUCAAGUAUACGAACUUACUGUAUUUCUCUCGAUUCUAUGCGAAAACCAAGCGCAAUUGGCAUCCACUGUCUCUAGGCUUGUUCAGGAAAUAUAUCCUGCUAUACCCAUCGGUACGGCUAUCACCGAAGUACAGCGCCUGUACAUCGGACGUGCCCGCACAGCACUGAAACGAUAUGAAGGGCAGACUCGAGACAUGAUUAUGUGUGUAUGGAUGCUCGAACCUAUUUAUACACGCCGUCCUGGACAUUGGCAAGAGUACCUGGAGAGGCGCAUGUACAUAUUUCAACACGCGAGCGUUAAACCCAAUAUGUCUUUGACAUUUGCACAUCGCGUCUUUCACGCAUUGAGACGUGGAAUGUAUCAGGAUCUACAACAGGCAUUGUGCGCGGAUGAAUUCGCGCCAUGUAUCUGGCCACGACUACUGGUUCUGUCCCUUGUUCCCAUGGUACGCCUACAACAUGCGCGUGUGUUGCGUAAAGCAUACCUCCAGGUCCCCUUAUCAAAAGAGGCUGUAGCCAUGAUCCAGCAUACCCAAAAUACAGGGUCGGUGCGCAAUCAAGCGAGUGUGGAGUGGCUCGAGUCCAUCAUGUUAUGUCAGGACCAAGAGCCGCAAGAAAAAGCUCGUGCUAUCCUGUCAUGUUUGGGAACGGUUCUUGGCUACGAUACGUGGGAUACCACGCUCGAACACCUCGCCUCGCGCGUGCGUCACUCGGAUGGGGCUUAUGCGUUAGCAUGGCGAGCUUAA